GAGCCAGGAGGCAGGGCGCGGGGGAGCGGCGCGGUCAGGCGCUCAGCUCCAGAGUUGAGUGCAGGUGAGCUCUUGCGCGUUCCGGGGGCGCCGCUUCCUCGAGUUACCUUCCCGCCGUUAACCGCGGCGCGCCAGAGGUAAUCUCCUCCAGGCCCUCCCUCCCAUUGCCCCAAAUUAAUGCUGACUGAACGGAUCGGUGCGAGGGUGGGAGAGAAAAUUAGGGGGAGAAAGGACAGAGAGCAACUACCGUCCAUAGCCAGAUAGAUUAUUUUACGCUGAACUGAUCAAGUACUUUGAAAAUGACUUCGAAAUUUCUCUUGGUGUCCUUCAUACUUGCUGCACUGAGUCUUUUAACCACCUUUUCUCACCAACCAGACCAGCAAAAUGUUCUACUAGUUUCUUUUGAUGGAUUCCGUUGGGAUUACUUAUAUAAAGUUCCAACGCCCCAUUUUCAUUAUGUUAUGAAAUAUGGUGUUCACGUGAAGCAAGUUACUAAUGUUUUUAUUACAAAAACCUACCCUAACCAUUAUACUUUGGUAACUGGCCUCUUUGCAGAGAAUCAUGGGAUUGUUGCAAAUGAUAUGUUUGAUCCUAUUCGGAACAAAUCUUUCUCUUUGGAUCACAUGAAUAUUUAUGAUUCCAAGUUUUGGGAAGAAGCGACACCAAUAUGGAUCACAAAUCAGAGGGCAGGACAUACUAGUGGUGCAGCCAUGUGGCCCGGAACAGAUGUAGAAAUACAUAAGUGCUUUCCUACUCAUUACAUGCCUUACAAUGAGUCAGUUUCAUUUGAAGAUAGAGUUGCCAAAAUUAUCGAAUGGUUUACAUCAGAAGAGCCCAUAAAUCUUGGUCUUCUCUAUUGGGAAGACCCUGAUGACAUGGGCCACCAUUUGGGACCUGACAGUCCGCUCAUGGGGCCUGUCAUUUCAGAUAUUGACAACAAGUUAGGAUAUCUCAUACAAAUGCUAAAAAAGGCAAAGUUGUGGGACACUCUGAACCUAAUCAUCACAAGUGAUCACGGAAUGACGCAGUGCUCUGAGGAAAGGUUAAUAGAACUUGACCAGUACCUGGAUAAAGACCACUAUACCCUGAUUGAUCAAUCACCAGUAGCAGCCAUCUUGCCAGAAGAAGGUAAAUUUGAUGAAGUCUAUGAAGCACUAACUCAUGCUCAUCCUAACCUUACUGUUUACAAAAAAGAAGAGAUUCCAGAAAGGUGGCAUUACAAAUACAACAAUCGAAUUCAACCAAUCAUAGCAGUGGCUGACGAAGGGUGGCACAUUUUACAGAAUAAGUCAGAUGACUUUCUGUUAGGCAACCACGGUUAUGAUAAUGCGUUAGCAGAAAUGCAUCCAAUAUUUUUAGCCCAUGGUCCUGCCUUCAGAAAGAAUUUCUCAAAAGAAGCCAUGAACUCCACAGAUUUGUACCCACUACUAUGCCACCUCCUUAAUAUCACCGCCAUGCCACACAAUGGAUCAUUCUGGAAUGUCCAGGAUCUGCUCAAUUCAUCAAUACCAAGGGCAGUCCCUUAUACACAGAGUACUAUACUCCUCCCUGGUAGUGUCAAACCAGCAGAAUAUGACCAAGAGCAGUCAUACCCUUAUUUCAUAGGGGUCUCUCUUGGCAGCAUUAUAGUGAUUGUAUUUUUUAUAAUUUUCAUUAAACAUUUAAUUCACAGUCAAAUACCUGCCUUACAAGAUAUGCAUGGUGAAAUAGCUCAACCAUUAUUACAAGCCUAAUGUUACUCUGAAGUGGAUUUGCAUAUUGAAGUGGAGAUUUCAUAAUUAUGUCAGUGUUUAAAGGUUUCAAAUUCUGGGAAACCAGUUCCAGACAUUUGCAGAAACCAUUAAGCAGUUACAUUUUUAGGUACACACACACACACACACACACACACACACACACAGAGAGAGAGAGAGAGAGAGACCAAAAUACUUACACCUGCAAAGGAAUAAAGAUGUAAGAGUAUGUCUCCAUUGUUCACUGUAGCAAAGGGACAGAUAAGAUCCUGCUUUAUUUGGACUUGGCACAUAUAAUGUAUAUAUUUAGUAACUUUGUACUAUGUAAAGUACCUUAUAUAUUGCACUUUAAAUUUCUCUCCAGAUGGGUACUUUAAUUUGAAAUGCACUUUAUGGACAGUUAUGUCUUAUAACUUGAUUGAAAAUGACAACUUUUUGCGCCCAUGUCACAGAAUACUUGUUACUCAUUGUUCAAACUGAAUGAAAUUUCUAAUAAUCCCAAAUAAUGAAUGUAGAAAUCUAUCUCCAUAAAUUGAGAGAAGAAGAAAGUGAUAAGUAUUGAAAAUUAAAUGUGAUAACCUUUGAACCUUGAAUUUUGGAGAUGUAUUCCCAACAGCAGAAUGCAACUAUGGGCAUUUCUUGUCAUAUUUCUUUCCAAAGAACAUGAUUUGCAUUUAUUUUUCCCCAAAAGAGAGUCAAGUACUGACAGAUUCAUUCUAACUAUAUUGUUUCUGUCAUAAAAUUGUGAUUUCCUGAUGAGUCAUAUUACUGUGAUUUUCAUAAUAAUGAAGACACCAUGAAUAUACAUUUUUUCUAUAUAGUUCAGCAAUGGUCUGAAUAGAAGUGACCAGGCACCAUCUCAGCAAUGUUUUCUCUUGUUUGUAAUUAUUUGCUCCUUUGAAAAUUAAAUCACUAUUAAUUACAUUAAAAAUCAAAUUGGAUAAAACAAUGUUUGUUUUCUUUCUGGUAGCACAUGAUAACAGCACAAGCAUCUUUUAGAUUUGAACAUUUGAAGAUUCAAAGUUGCAAAAGAGCACAAGCCGUAUUAGGUAAAAUAUUGGCCACUCAAUCCUUGAAAAGAACUGUGUGGAGCCUGGAAAAAAAAAUAGGACCACAUGUAAGAUGUUUACAAGUCACUCAGAACAGUGGUAAAGUGUGCAUACUAGAAAAAGGCAGCAAAAUAACUCUUUGUGGUAACAGGUAUCAAAACAUGGGAGCCGAGAUGAUAUAGCCCUAUUUCAAGAAGUAUGUGAAUACCCACCUACCGGGUGCUCAGUGGAAUCAAAGCUGAAUCCAAGUUCACAAAUAGACUUCUACUUCCAAGGUAGUACUUUUGACCUGCCUGGUCAUCUCAGUCUUUUUCAUUCCAACAACCUAAGGCUGAGCUUUAGAUUUCUAAGUAAUCAAGAAGUUUGGGAGAGGCAUGGUAUUACAUGUGGCUUCUUAGAGGAAAGAGGAAGCCCUGAAAAGAAAGGCUUUCUUUGAAGAAAAUAGCACUUUACAGACACUUGGAUAGUAUUGUGAUUUCAUAUAUACAUAUGCACCAACUGGCUAAUGAGUAGGUAAAACUGUAUAACUAUUCCAGAAAGAAAGGACAAAUUGGAUGUGAAGAACUGAAGUAACAUAGUUAAAAAUUUAACCAAAUUUAAGUGCUUCCUAAAAGUUGGUGAAUGUCUUAUUUUUUAAAAUGAUAAUACCAGUAAGGAAUGUUGGCACAUAAUUCCCAUUUCAUUAUAAAACCUCUUAAUAGAACAGAAUCAAAUAACUGGAAAUGGCCUACGGAUUAAAAAGCUAGGAAAUUAUAUGGUAGGUAGCAAACUCCCCAGAAGUAUGGACUCUGGAUUAGACAGCUCAGAAUCCAUGAGCACUCAUGUUGGCUUGCUUUUUAGCUGUGAACUUACCCUGUAUUAUUGAAAUGUCAGCAAAAUGACUGGAAGGUGAAAUUGGUCCAUUUUAAAGCAUUACUAUUAUGCUGUCUGUCCGUUUAAAUUAAUAAUUGCAUUAAAUUCAUUUUAGAAGGUGCUAUUACAUUAGUAAGAAAGUAAAUUCACAUAUGAAUAUUUGAUUAUCAGAUGGUUUAUUUACAGAUACUUAUUUUCCUAUAAACUAGGAGAGUUUACCUGAAGGAAAAUAAAACUUUAAACUUUUCUGGGAAAAUCA